AUGGAUUCCAUCACACAACCAUCAUUACAUCCUCCUCUUCCUCUAGAAUCCAACAUAAACACUGAGGAUACCAAAUGGUAUUAUGGUAGUCAUGCUCCUGGUAUCAGGAAAGCAAUGAAAAUUCUUGAAGCUCAAUUUUCACAUUCGAAUGCAUCGUCAGCAUCAGCAACUCAUAAAAACGAGGAUGUCAUUAACAUUUACAACAACAACAUGAUGAAUGCUUUUAACGAGGUUUAUCAUCCUAAUCUCCUCGUCACAAGAUCAUCACAGUCACAUGAGCCAUCAUCAGAUCAGACAGUUGUUGCUCUUACUGAUGGUGAUGCUUAUGUUGGGGUUCAUUUCAAGAAGAAGAAUUUUGAUGAUGGUAGAAUCCACAGCCUACCACACAAGAAAUAUGGACCGUACACGUGUCCAAAGUGCUAUCAAGUGUUGGAUACUUCACAAAAAUUUGCUUCUCAUGUGACGUCAAAUCACUACAAAUUUGAUAAUCCAGAGCAGAGAAAAAAGAGAUACAUGUCUAGGAUCAGGAAGAAACCAAGUCUCGAGAUUCCUAGGCUUAAUAAUGGACAAACUACUUGUGUUCCUGCUGUUCCAUCUAUUGACCAAUCACAUGUUGCUUCUAUUAUUAAUAAUGAUGAUCAAAAUCAAAUUUCUUCUUUGGCGCUUCCUCUUAAUGGAUUUAAAUAUGAAUCAGAUCUUGUAGAUGCUUAA